AUGAUGCUUCAUGUGGUGUCAUAUAGCAAGUACAGAACAGACAGAGAUCAUGUGGACUCCACAGAGCCUGAAGAAACCCUCAGAGGGGCUUGUCUACGAUUUAAAUACAAGCAAUCAACACAAUUGAUGGAAGCAGGGGUUACACCCCAGACUGGGUCAAAAGAGGAGCAGAUGGGAAUGAGUAAUAAUAACCCUGAUAAUGGACAUGCCCGCUGCUUAUUUUGUGGCCCUUCAGGUCUACAGAGUGGAGCAACUGGUCUCCCUGUGUCUUCAGUCUCUCGCCUGACUCCUUCCCCGCGCUGGCCACGGCACCUGGCACUUGGCGCCCGAACGUGGGGCUUGGCGCCCGAACUUGGGGCUUGGAAUAUAAGCAUUCGGAGCGUUUUUCCAGUGGAAGGAGAAUCGGGAGUUCCGAGAAGACCGCUGCUACAGAGGACCCGGACGCUGAUACACCCAGGUGGAUCCCAGAACGCUGUGUACGACAUGCCCAAGAGCAAGAUAGAAAAAUUGCGCAGGACGAUGCUUCGACUAACCAUGACCUCGAGGACGAGAACAACGACCAGAAGGCCUCCUGCAACAAGAGAUGAAACUCUUCUGUUUUUGGCUCAACUGUUAAGCAUUAUUUGGGUUUUGCAUACAUUUUAUAUGCCUGUGUGGGCAGAUAAUUAUUGGGCAUUUGUACCUAAUCCUCCUUUGUUGCACCCUAUGUCAUGGGGCGACAACGAUGAUGUUACUGUUUAUGUAAAUAAUACUCGUAUCUUAAGUUUUCCUUCUUCCACUCAUAUACAACCUAUCUCUAUUGUAUAUAAUUAUACUGGAAUGUCUGCUUCAUUACCCCUAUGUUUUUCUAAAACGAAUAAGAAUUGUACAUUAAUAGAAAGAUAUUCUGAUUGGGAUGGAAACUUUACUAAUGGAAUGCACUGGGGAGUAGAUAUGAUGUAUGUAUUUUGCAACAGCAGUGAAACUAGAGUGGGAAAACGUAAUCCCCCUGAGCAUAUUCCAGAAUGUAGACAAAAAUACCCAAGCAAAAGUGUAUAUGGACUCUCACGGCAUUUGUGCCAUCAUAAUUAUACUAUAUGUUACAAAGAUCUGUGUGAUUGGAGCUCUAGCAUUUAUCGCCAUGAUAACAAUCUUUCCAUAUUUUGUGAGAAUUGUUGUUGGGCAAAUGAGAAAUGUGCGUUUGGACUUAAAACGUUUUAAGUUAGAAUCAACUGCUAAUGAAAUUCCCAUGCGACGCUUUGUCUAAGAAAUAAGGGGGAUAUGUUGGGAGCAGGAGCCAGAGGUCCAGCAGUGAACGGGUGUGGGAAACCACACACUGAAGCUGGACCUCAAUCAGUUCCUCAUCCUACAGUGACCUCAGCCUUCCAGACAAAGCAUCGCGCUGAUAUUAACCUGGGAAAAGCUUCAUAACAUAAACAAUAGAAGUUUCUCAUGGGCCCAAGAACAUGUUUACCUCCUGGGCUGCACAACAUAGAAGUUUCUCACGGGCCCAGGAGCAUGUUUACCUUUGCUGUGUGCACAAGAAAGUGUCCUGAAGUGACUUGUACUGCUCUUUGUUUUGAAACAUUAUAAAAACUCUGUAGUCCUUCAAUAAAUCGCCUUUUGCCUCCUGAGCAACUGGUCUCCCUGUGUCUUCAGUCUCUCGCCUGACUC